GCGGGCAUCUCUCUCUCUCUCUCUCUCUCUCUCUCUCUCUCUCUCUUUUUCGUAACUUAUUUCUUCUUCUUCUCUUGCUUCCCAUCCUCUUCCUUCGAUCGCUUCGAAGCUUGCUGAAUAGUCCUCCGCAUCGAUCUUUUCCGAUCCUUAAUUCCCUAACCUUAAUCCCAAAAGAACACCGAUCGAAGCCAAUCGAAGAUCAAUCCGAGCUCGCAACAUGCAACAAAGCGAUACCUCUUCGUAUCAUCCAUACUACCAGCCUCACCUACAAAACCCUAAUCCCAGCUUUGCACCUCCAAAUGAUCCUUCCAAUCCUAAUCCCAAUCCCUUCCCUGCAACCCACGCAUCGGCUCCUCCGGUUGUGUCCAAUUACCCUUCGUCCGAUUAUUCCACUUAUUCUUCGUAUCCCCAAUACGCAGACCAUACCCCAAAUCCUUCUCCCCUCACGCACCCAGCAAACCCUGGCUCUCAGUCCUACUCCAACCCUUCUCCUCAGCCUUACGCUUUCCCUCAUCUCAACCCCCAACCGACGCCGUAUUAUCCCUAUGAUCAUAAUCAAGCGGCUUUGAAUUAUGAUCAUGGGAACCCUGGUCCCGAUUCCAAUCCUAAUUCGUCAUUCCCAGCCAAUUCUUAUUCACCAGUAGCCAAUUACGAGAGUUUGUACGAAAGUGGGACCAAUUAUGGUAGCUAUGGCGAACAAGGCUUGUUUGGCGGUGCGGGUAAGCAGAGGCCGGAUGUUGCAAUGGGAUACGGAGGGUUUAGCGAUGGUGUUGGUGGUGAUGGCGUGUAUGCAUACAAUGGGGGCAAUAAGGAGCCGUACGGUGCUCGAGGCAGUGGCUCUGAGGCUUCUUCUCGUGUGAUUUUUGAUGAUUAUGGGAGGCCACUAGGGUUUUCAGAUGGGAAGGAGCAAAAUGGGUCGGGACGAGUGGGUAAGGUUGUGAAAGCAAUCCCUAAGACUGAGCCGACGCAGGACAUGGGCAGUGGCGUGCAGAAGUUUCGCGUGAAGCUGUUGUGUGAAGGGGCAGGUCAGAGCGACAUGGAUGUUCUUUGCCAGGUUGGUUUGGAUGGGAUCCGAAUUCUUGAUCCAGCAACUAGUCGGACACUCAGAAUUUAUACACUUGAAACGGUCACAAGAUGGGAAAUACUGGAUUCAUAUAUAUUUGCUUUUUGGUCUCAAAGCUCCGUUGACAUUGAACCGAAACGAAUCAGGCUGAAAUCAAACAGCUAUACCUCAAAUAACAUCCUGGACACAGUGACGGCAGCAACUUUUCAGUUCAAGGAGAUUGGGGGAAGCAAUAAACCUUCUGAUAUUCUUAAUGCAUAUGAGCAACAACCAUCUGAGAGGAAGAAGGGCCUUGCUGAUUGGAUGAACAUAAUGAAGCCCCAGAAUGAGGAGAAAGAUCACUGGGUUCCUGAUGAAGCAGUUGUGAAGUGCUCGUCAUGUGGGACACAAUUUAAUGCUUUUAUCCGAAGGCAUCACUGUAGGAACUGUGGGGAUAUUUUCUGUGACAAGUGUACCCAAGGUAGAAUUGCUCUCACAGCAGAUCAGUAUGCAGUACCAGUUCGAGUUUGUGAUCGAUGCAUGGCAGAAGUUUCUCAAAGGCUGGCUAAUCCCAAUAGAAAAGUAACUCCACCACAAAGUCACGAGGAUCUUGCAAAAAAACUUAAGGAGGAGAUGGAAAAGAAUCGCAAAGCCUCCAGCGGUUUAACAUCUGAUGCAUCUGGAACGCGGAUGAAGGAAGUUGCCUGUCCAACUUGCACAGUCCAUCUGCAGGUCCAGGUUCCGGUGUCGGGUUCUGAAACAAUAGAGUGCAGCGUUUGUCAGCAUCCGUUCCUUGUCAGCGCUCAUUGAUCCACACACCAUCCCAUUCCCUUUGGUCACUUUCUUCUAUUCCAAUCCGUCUUUUAGAAAAAAGAAAAAAAAAAUGCCAGUUAUAUGAACGUAUUGCCAAUCUUUUUCUGUUCCUGUUACUUGGAGAUCAGUGAUUAACAAGAACGUGUGGAUAUAUGUUUUUGUAUUAUAUUCCUGAAUAAUGUGAUUAGAACCCAUAAACAUGUAAAUGUAUAUCGGAUCGGAUUGUGGCGUCA